UCCCACUGUUACCCCCACCACUACCACGUCCACCCUCCACCACCGACCACAGGACAUGCGCAGCUCAGACCGGGCUGUGCAGGCGACCCACACCUCACCAAAAUCCACAUUCAGCUGGAAGUGAGGAGCCGAACCCGCCGCUGCUGACAUGGAGGCAGUUAAAGCGUUUAAUGGCGAGCUGUACUCUCUCAACGAAUACAAGCCUCCAAUCUCCAAAGCGAAGAUGACCCAGAUUACCAAGUCUGCAAUUAAAGCUAUAAAGUUCUACAAACACGUCGUCCAGAGUGUGGAAAAAUUCAUUCAGAAGUGCAAGCCUGAGUACAAGGUCCCUGGUCUGUACGUCAUCGACUCUAUUGUCCGGCAGUCCCGGCACCAGUUUGGCCAGGAGAAGGAUGUGUUUGCUCCCCGCUUCAGUAAAAACAUCAUCAACACCUUUCAGAACCUGUAUCGGUGCCCUUCUGAUGACAAGAGCAAGAUUGUCCGGGUCCUCAAUCUGUGGCAGAAAAACAGUGUGUUCAAAAGUGACAUUAUCCAGCCCCUACUGGACAUGGCAGCAGGACUACCACCCCCAAGUGUCACACCAGUAACUGCCAGCAGUGCUGUCCCUGUCAACAAUGCCACUCCUGGCACUCCGGCAACUCCUGCCACUCCAGCCAACAUAGUACCGAGUUUACCAGACUGGGCUUCUCAGAUCUCUAACUCAGACACGAUGACGACUGUAGCUCAGAUCCUACAGAGCCCUCAGGGGCAACAGUUGCAGCAGUUGGUGCAAAGCCUGCAGAUGCAGCAGCAGAAGCCUCAGCCGUCGCUGCUGCAGGCGUUGGACGCAGGCCUAGUGGUCCAGUUACAGGCUCUGACCGCCCAGCUCACAGCCGCAGCUGCAGCAAACACCCUCAACCCCCUGGAGCAGAGAGUUUCCUCCUUCAAUAAGUAUCCUCUCUCUUUACAGAAACUUCUGGGUCAGUUUGAUUUUGGUGGUGAAUCAGAAGCCAGUGAGGAUUCUAAAAAGGACACAGGAUCAUCUCAGCUGCCCAUGGUUUCAGACUCAAUCAACAGCUCUAUUUUCCAUCAGUUGGCUGAGCAGCUCCAGCAGCAGAACCUUGAACAGUUUCAGAAGCAAAUAAUGGAGCAUCAACAGCAUCAGCAGAAGUCCAUGGCAAUGGAAAACCAGGAGAAUAUCUUUGGUUCUGAGAAUUCUGCUCUUCCAUCACAGGGCACAGGCCAAACACAGCUCCAAGAACAGGAAACUAAACUGGACGACUCUAUUGACAACCAGCAACAGGACAUGGAUCUUGAUGAGGGACAAGAUACUGUGGACGAGGAGAUCUUUGAGUCAGAAGAGAAGAAAACCAGUGGAACUCGUUCAAGAACACGCUCUAGGUCUCGCUCCAGAUCUCCUAAAAGGAGGAGGUCCAGGUCACGCUCAGGCUCUCGGAAGCGCAAACACAGGAAACGCUCACGAUCACGGUCGAGAGACAGGAAGAGGAAAUCUUCUCGCUCCUACUCCAGUGAGCGACGAGCUCGAGAGAGAGAAAAAGAGCGGCAGAAGAAAGGCCUUCCUCCUAUUCGCUCCAAAUUUCUCAGUGUUUGCAGCACUACGUUGUGGGUGGGCCAAGUGGACAAGAAGGCCACCCAGCAGGACCUCACUAACCUUUUUGAAGAGUUUGGCCAGAUUGAAUCCAUUAAUAUGAUUCCUCCCAGGGGCUGUGCGUAUAUCUGCAUGGUUCACAGACAAGAUGCUUACCGCGCCCGACAGAAAUUAAGCACUGGCUCUUUUAAAAUCGGUUCUAAGGUUAUUAAGAUUGCCUGGGCUCUCAAUAAGGGUGUAAAGCAAGAGUACAAGCAGUUCUGGGAUGUGGAUCUUGGUGUGACCUAUAUCCCUUGGGAGAAGGUUAAAUUGGAUGACCUGGAUGACUUUGCUGAAGGAGGGAUGAUUGACCAGGAAACAGUCAACAAUGAAUGGGAAGCUCAGCGCAACUCAGCAGAGGCGGCUAAAGAGACCCAGGUUCAGCCUGUAGCUGCUGAAGCCACUACAGUGACCAGUUCCCAGAAUGAAGCCUUCACACAGUCCGUCACCAUGAUGCCUGUGCAGAUCCCAGUGGCACAGACAGUCCCUGCAGUGGGACUGGUACCGCCUGCCUUCCCCGUCACAAUGGCAAUGCCCCCGCCAGGUUUUGGCCCGCCGCCUCCCUUCCUGAGGGCAGGUUUCAACGCCUCACAGCCUCCUCCUGGCUUCAUGGCAACACCUGCUGUUGCCCAGUCAGCUGUUGGAACUGGUCUUGCCUCAGCCCAAACCACUCUGUUGCAGUCUUCGAUGUCAGCUGCUCAAGAACACAACAAGGACUCCACAUUUGGAGGCUUAAUUCCUCCAACAAGCUCCAUUCCAGCAGGAUUCAUCCCCUCAGCAAUGGCAGGAGCAGGAGUCUUUAACCCUGCAGCAGCAGCAGCAGCAGCAGCACAUGCUCAGCAGGCUGGUGCUGAAAAGACUCCAUCUACAGAGAGCAUGGACACGCCUACAGAAUUAACACUACAAGGAAUGCAGAAUGCAGCACGCAGUGGAAUGGGGCUGCUAGGCAUGCAUCCUGCUGCAUCUCUUUCUCAUCCUCUUGCUGGACAAAGACUGCCCGGUAUGCUGCCCCUCGAUCUGCGACCCAACCUCCUUCAGGGAGCUGGAGCCCGCUUCCCACUCCUGAUGCAGCAGGGCCUGGCUCAGCAGGCCAACAGCCUUCUGGAUGCCUCCCUGCAAGCCCAGGCCCGUGCUCGAGCUCCUUUCUCUCAGAUGGAGCACUUCAACAGGACGGAAGGAGCCUUCGCGAGAACCCCAAACCCUGCAGCUGCUGGAACUGAUAACCUGGACAAGGUUAACAACGAGACACCUAACAGUUCGAAUGCUGGAAACCAGCAAGAGGGUGAUCAGGACUAUCGCUUUCCACCACCUGAAAAACAGAGUACAGGUCUGCUGAAAACUCCUCCACUGGAGAUGCGUACGGAGCCCACCCCUGUUAGACCUCCACUGCUGGAGAGGCCACCUAGAGGAGGAGGAGGCAUGCAAGGAGGUGGAGGAGGCAUGCAAAGUGGAGGCAUGCAAGGAGGUGCCAUGCAAGGCGGAGGAGGUGGCAUGCAAGGUGGAGGAGGUAUGCAACCUGAGAACAGAGAAGGACCAGGAAGGAGGGAUUCCCUGCCAGGUGGUUUCCGAGGAGAGUCUCGUUGGGGUCCUCCACGAGGAGACUUUGAUGAGCGUGACAUCAGAGGAAUGCCAGCAGGAGCCCCCAAGGGCUUCCAGGAGGAUCGUCCUAAUCCCAACUUCCAGAAUCGAUUUGAGAUGCGCCCUGGAGGAGUCGCAGGUGGAGGAGGAGGAGGCCCAGCCUGGAACCGUGGAGGCGGAGGAGGAGCAGGAGGAGGUGGAGGAGGGGCCUUCAACGCCAACAUGGACUUCGAUGACCGUCGCCGACCCUGGGAGAGACAGAAGGACCGCGACGACCGUGAUUUCCGCAGGGAAAUGAACGGCAGCCGGCACGGUCGAGAGCAUGACCGCGACAGGGACCGGGAGAGGGACCGAGACCGUGGACGAGAGCGCAAUCGCGAGCGCGAGAGAGAACGAGAGCGAGAAAGGGAUCGAGACAGGGACAGAGAGAGGGAACGAGAGAGGGAGCGUGAUAAUAACGACAAGGAGAAGGAAAGAGAUCGAGAUCGGGAUCGAGAACGUGGCGGCGGAGGCGGUGGUGGCUGGACACCACUCCCCCAACAGCCCCUACUCCCUCUUCCCAAACCUCAGUCCCAGCCUCUACUCCCUCUGCCCACUCCCCUACUGAACCUGCCCCAAUCCCAGCCUGAAUUACAGCCUAAACCACUGCUGCCACACCCGCCGCAACAGGAAGUGCAUCGGCCCGAGCUGCAUCACCCAGCACGACAAGCCGAACCUCAGCCUGAAGUAAAGCCUCAACGUCAGCAGCCUCAACCCCAGUCGCCCGCUGCCCCUGAAGUGACCACGGACAGCACAGUGAAAAAAGAAGACUGUGAUGUGAAGGAGGAGACCUCAGACUCGAAACCUGAGAUUAACCUCAUCGAGCCCAAGCCAGAGCUCGUUCCCGAGGCUUCUCGCACCCCCUCUCCUCCUUCUGAUCCCACAGCCACGCCCACAAUCAUCCCCGACGAGCCCCCAAAACAGGAGGAGCCCUUACAAACACCCACACCCCCCCUCGCGGUUAAAGACAGUGAACACAGUGAACAGACUGGGCCGAAGGCAGAAGCUGAGACUGAUCCUGAGCUAGUGAAAACUGACACUGAGGAAGCAUAAUCAUCACUCAGUAGGUAAAAGAUCAUUUUGUAUAGUUGUCAUCUCUGUACUUAUUUCAAAGGCUUCCACAGGACCUGCUCAGUUCAUGACAUUGCUGCCUGACACCCUAACAAAUGAUUUUACGUUUCACGCUAAUGAUGUACAUCAUAGAUGGCUCUCUAUAGAGGAUUUGAAUGGUAGGUGAUAUAUUUUAAAUAUUUUAUUUUAAUUGUUAUUUUAUGUUUUUUUAGUUUUAAUGCAAGCCCACUGUUUUAAACUAGGUGAAUACAUGGAACUUGCUUGCCAAAAUAUUGUGUAGCCUAAUUGUAAAUGCUGGGGUGGGUGGGGGCGAUUUUGCUCGGGGGUGCUUCGACCUUCCUAUGGAAGAGUGUAAGGAUCCUGGCUUUUUCUAAUGGUUUGAUUGCAGAAUACUUGAAAACAGCGGUCACUGGCCUGUUCUGUCUUUUCUUUUCAAAAACCGCAGCCGCAAAAGUUUGAAAUGAAUGCCAUUGUGGUGUCCUAUGCUUGUUGUCUAUUAAGCAAAACCAAUGCAGUGAGAACAGUGAGUUUUAGUUGCUUUAAAAGGAACCAAAAAAAAAAAAAAAAAAAAGAUUAAAAUAUGAUGUACUAUCCCCAUGUUAAAUGUCUGAUUUUUCUUCAUCAAACUGCAGUGAAUAUACAGCCGUUCAGCCAGAAAAGCUUGCGGAAAGACGAAUGGAUUUUGGGAGCACUCUGUUUUAGUUUCAAAUAAACAUGCUUUGUUUGUUAAA